GCGUGCAGGCGCGGGGCGACGGUGGCCCCGCAGCGACAUGUGACCAUGGACCGCAGGACCAGGGAAAAUCCAGAAAGAACUUUUGACUUGGUAUUGAAAGUGAAGUGUCAUGCCUCUGAAAAUGAAGAUCCUGUGGUAUUGUGGAAAUUCCCAGAGGACUUUGGAGACCAGGAAGUUCUGCAGAGCGUGCCCAAGUUCUGUUUUCCGUUCGAUGUGGAAAGGGUGUCUCAAAAUCAGGUUGGACAGCACUUUACCUUCGUCCUGACAGACAUGGAAAGUAAGCAGCGAUUUGGGUUCUGCAGGCUCACAUCUGGAGGCAGAAUUUGUUUGUGUAUUCUUAGUUACUUGCCAUGGUUUGAAAUAUAUUAUAAACUUCUAAAUACUCUGGCAGAUUACUUGGCCAAGGAACUGGAAGAUGAUUUGAAUGAAACUCUUAAAUCACUCUAUAACCACCCAGUACCAAAGGCAAACACUCCUGUCAACUUGAGUGUGAACCAAGAACUAUUUAUUGCCAGUGAGCAAGUUCUGAAAGAUGACCCCUCACUAAUGCCGCACUCCUGUUUCAUCACACCUGACGUAACUGGACUCCCAACGAUACCGGAGAGUAGAAACCUGACAGAGUACUUUGUUGCCGUGGAUGUGAACAACAUGCUGCGGCUGUACGCCAGCAUGCUGCAUGAGAGGCGCAUCAUUAUUACCUCAAGCAAAUUAAGCACUUUAACUGCCUGUCUCCAUGGAUCGGCUGCUCUGCUUUACCCGAUGUACUGGCAACACAUAUAUAUCCCUGUGCUUCCGCCACACCUGCUGGACUACUGCUGUGCCCCAAUGCCAUACCUGAUUGGAAUACACUCCAGUCUCAUAGAGAGAGUGAAAAAUAAAUCAUUGGAAGAUGUGGUUGUGUUAAAUGUGGACACAAACACGUUAGAAUCACCAUUUAAUGACUUGAGCAGCCUGCCCAGUGAUGUGGUCUCGGCCUUGAAAAAUAAGCUGAAGAAGCAGUCCACAGCAACGGGAGAUGGAGUGGCUCGAGCCUUUCUGAGGGCUCAGGCAGCUUUGUUUGGCUCCUACAGAGACGCUCUGAGAUACAAGCCUGGUGAGCCCAUCACCUUCUGUGAGGAGAGCUUUGUAAAGCACCGCUCAAGUGUGAUGAAACAGUUCCUGGAGACUGCAGUGAAUCUUCAGCUCUUUAAGCAGUUUAUUGAUGGUCGACUGGCAAAGCUUAAUGCAGGAAGAGGUUUCUCUGAUAUAUUCGAAGACGAGAUCACAUCAGGUGGCUUCUGUGGAGGGAGCCCGCGGUCAUAUCAACAGUGGGUGUAUACUGUCAAGAAAGGAGGUGCAUUGUUCAACACGGCAGUGACCAAAGCAACUCCUGCUGUGCGGACUGCAUACAAAUUUGCAAAGAGUCACGCCAGACUGGGACUAAGGGAGGUGAAGAGCAGGCUGAAACACAAGGACAAUGAGGAGGAUUAUGUGCCCUGUUCUGGUUUGGUACAGUAUACACCAGUUUACACUUUACACAAUGAAAAGGGAGAAGACAGAGAGAAGCAUAAGCUUUCCCAGGCACACUUGAAAAGGCCUCGUAAGAGCCUUGAGGGUACGCUGGAUGAUGAGGAUGACGACAUUGAGAGGGCAAGCAAGAUAUCUUCUGAAGACGGUGAAGAGACAUCUGUUUGUUUCUAUGAAAGUGACGACUCUGCUGAAGCACAGGUGAAGGCGCCUUACUCAGGUGAGAUGGACUUACUGGGCGAGAUCCUGGACACGCUGAGCACACACAGCUCUGACCAAGGAAAGCUGGCACCUGCAAAGAGCCUGGACUUCUUCAGAUCCAUGGAUGACAUUGAUUACAAACCUACGAACAAGUCCAACGCUCCCAGUGAGAAUAACCUGGCCCUACUGUGUGCUUCUGGCGAUCAGGGAGAGUGGAAUCUCGGGCAGGAUGACAGCGCCCUCCAUGGCAAGCAUCUGCCUCCAUCCCCCAGGAAGCGAGUUUCCUCCAGUGGGUUGACAGAUUCUCUGUUCAUCCUGAAAGAAGAGAACAGUGAGAAGCCCCUCCAUGCUGACAGUAUAAGUGGCCUCACUGUGGUGGAAAAGCCAGCUUCUCCUUCAGGAUUGGGUUCCCAGCCAGCUAACCUUGAAGCUUCCCAAACGGAUAAAGGAAAACCGGAAGUGCGGCAAACACUAAGUCAGGCUUCAGAGGAUCUGCUGGUACUUGGCCCUGGGAGCCGCCAGUCUAUUUUUGUUCCCUGGGAGAAAGCUGGGAAAGAGGAUAAGAAGCCUUCAAAAGAUGUUGGCCUUCUCCAAGAAGUAGUGUCAUUGUGUCACAUGUCAUGUGACUUCCAACAAAGUUUAAACAUUUCAGAAGAAAGCAGAAGUGAAAACCAAACUUAAGGUACCAGUAGAGGGUCAGUCUCUUGCCUCUUGGCUUCUUCAGAGACCUGUGGAAUUACUUCCCCGUGAUGGGAACAGUAAAGAGAGUCACUGGCAAGAAUGGCAACCCUUAACUGCUGUUUAGUUGUUUUCCCUGUCUGUUCAUCUCAUGGAUCUAUAUUACCCACUGGUUUCCCAGCGUAAAAUGAAUUCUACUGUGCUGUUAAAUCAGGUACUAAUUUGUACAUAGGCUGAAAAUGUGUUUUGAACUUAAGCUUUCCCAGUAUUUGGUGCUUAAUGCUGUUCAUUUUAUUUAAACUAAGUGUGCAUAUAUAACCCCUACAUAUAGCCAGUAGUUACUGUACUAAUCUGGCUGAGCAUGAACUGAUCAAGAUGUCAAAACUGAUCAAAAAUAGCCUGACACUGAUGAACCUGUUAACCCACUAAUUGCCUUAAUCUUCCAGUCAUGUUAAGCAUACAGAUAACAUAUGAUGCCACAUACAAAGCUUGAAAGAGGAAUUACCUUGUCCUGCAGAGCAAUAAUGCCUUUUUCUACCAUGAAUUAAGCUCGCCAUUCUUUUCAGGUUUAAAUGCAGUCUAGCAGAAAUAAUUUGCUUUUUAUAAAGACAUGUAGCCAUGUUUUCCAAACAACGUGAAUGUGUAUAUUUACCUUUCAGUGAACUAUAUUAAGUGCUGAAUUACAAUGUGAAGUUAAAAGCUUCUGCUUACAAAGAAGCCCCUCAGACAACGUUCGAUCUCAUGUCCAUGUUAACUAUGGUCCACCUCCAGAAAGCCAAAUGCCCUGCAGAGUCCAGAUAGGCCUUUAUCCUGUUCCUCUUGUAACUGACGUGCUGUGAAGAUGCUCGUAGCCUUACCUUGUGUUUGCUUUUUUAAAUAAUUAACUUUGUAUUAUAAAUGUUCUAGAUUUAUAGGAAAAUGCAAAGAUGGUACUGAGUUCCCAUCUGCCCUGGACCCUGCCUCUGCUGUUGUAGCAUCCUAAGUUAGUAUGCUGCAUUUGCCAUACUGUUGACUCGCGCAUGGUAUUCAGAGCUCUGGCUGUUCCCUGCUGCCCCCUUUCUGUCCCCUUGUCCCCUCAGAGUUCUAAAUUACCUUCUAUGAUCCUGUCUGCUGGGGUUCUUCCUCACCCUAGCACUUUACUUUCUUGGUUUUGAUGGCCUUGAAGUUUUCAGGAAUAUUAAUGAGAUGUCCAGCUCCUGUAAUGUAUGCAGUAUUUUUCUCAUUAUUACAGGAGGUUAUAGGUUUGAGGGAGAAGAUCACAGAAGAAAAGUGCCAUUUUCACAGUGUCUGAAGGGGUGUGCUGCAAGCAUAUGCCAUGUCCUGUUGACAUUGAACACUGGCUGGGGUUCUCUGCUCUGAAUGUGUUCCCGCACCUUUUCUGUGCAGGGAGAAACGGAGGGAAAGAAGAGAGGGAGGGCAGGCACAGAGAAUUAUUUAGGGCAGAGAAGUAUCAGAAUCCAUCCUUUGUAGUUCUUUAUGGAGCCUGCCUCCCUCACAAUUACUGUUUAGCUUCGGGGCACAUCUGAAAGCCCAUGCAGACCCCUCAUGCUAGAUGUGCAGGUAGUUUGUUUGAACAUGCCAUGUGUCUAGUCUAUUCAUCCUCAGAUGUCAUGAUUGCUUUUCAAGAACUGUCCUUUUUUAGUAAAAAUGAAAAAAAGAUUGCAAAACCAUUGAACUCCAAUAAGGCCAUAUUCUAAAGUAUUUACUUAAGGAAUAUAAUUUUACCGAGAAUUUAAAGAAAUUUGUUUAACAUAGUCCUUAAAAUAUUUACACAGGUCAGUUUUACAAGCUGCAUUCCAAAAUAUAAAUAGGUAGUCUUACUUGAGGUAAUGAUUCCCUCAUUUGUAAUGGAUGAUAGAGCUUGUCUGUAUGAGGAUGGGCUCGUUCUAGAAGGUUAUAUUUAAUCCUUAUUUUUACAUAAUAAUAAUAUGCAAGGUUGUGAGAUUUUGCCUGUACGUGUUCUUCAUUAGUCCCAAUUUACUGAAAUAACAGGAAAGCCACACAUCGAAAGAGCUGAUUUCAGUGGGCAGAGGAGAAGUUCGCGCGGUAGGCACACUGCUGGGCAAGCAUGCCCACAGGAGUCCUAAACAGAGUUUUUAAUGCCAUUUUUCAAGUGAGGUCUCUGUUUUCACGUCAGAAUUCAUUGUCUAAAAAAUGAGACCAUCCUGACUGCAGCUUAAAACACUGGCUUCCAGUCCACUUCCUCGAUAGUCCCAUUGCCACAGGCUCAUGGUUCUCUUGCUUUGAGUCAGCUUGUGAGAUGUGCCACUGUAACACUAGGCUAUUAGGAAACAUUUAUCCACUCACAAAUAAGGUCUUAAGCCACUUAAGUGAUCUGUGCCUUACUGUAACAAGCAAAAACAGCUACUUCAUGUUAAAAAGAAAAACCAAAAUUGUACACAUUAUUCUUAAAUAUCCAGAAAACUGGAAGCCAGUGGGUGCUUCACACGAUUACAACCUUGAGUAUUUGAAGUGGGCUUUUAAAGGAGACUUCCCAGUAUUAUGAUGGAAAUAGUAGAAAAAGUAAGAGACCAUAGGUGAGUUCUGAAAUUUAAAAAAAAAGGGGGGGUAGUAUUUUUGGCUUUGUCCAAACCAAACCCAAUGUAAAGUUCCCUGCUAUUGAAAAUAAAUGUUUCUGCUUGCACUGUCAUUUUAGAUACUGAGCGCCAACAAACUGGAGCUCCCAUAAUGAAUAUUUCAGAGAAGCUGCUUCUGCCCUACAAGACACUUGAAUAACUCCCAGCUCUGGCUCCCACAUCUUGUGCUUUCUAUGCCUUUAAACCGAACCCCAAGCUGUGACUUGUCUUGAGUCUCUCUCAGGCUUGGCGGGUCAGGGGCUAAAGAUAGAAGGCCAAAUGUUGGAGCUGCAGUUUUGUUAAAGUGAAGAUGUUGCCAAGUAAAAUAUAGGGGUGAUUACCUCUUCUAGCCUAUCUUACAUAUCAGAUGAUGGCACACUUACUUUUCCAAUUCAAAGUUAGUAACUCCUUCACUGAGAAAAUAUUUAUUGACUUUCUGUACCAGUCAGGAGCAAGGUAUAAUAAUUAAGGAUGUAAGGGUAUGGGAGGAAACAAUUACCCAGCUCUGAGGAUUCAAUUAAAAGGGAAAGGAACUGCAGAUGUUAAAAUAAUAAUUAGUAAUAAUAAUAAUAAUACAGUAAGGAUGUAUUUGCUUAGAUGGUACUCACUCAAGAGUCAACACCAAGGGAUGCUUUUUAAGAACAGCUGCUGUAUUUAAAGUAUGUUCUAACUACAGAGUCAUUAACUCUUUUAGUAAUUAUGUCAGCCACUAGAAGCCUGCUAAGAUCCCACCUUAAAGGACAGUUUUAGAGGCACUGCUUGACUGAGUCCUUGCUUUGACCAUCCACAGGACAUGACGUCGUCCCUCUGCAGUAUUGAUAGCCACUUCCGCCAGCUCAGGAGUGACUUAGGGUUUAUAAAGGAAGAACCUAGUUGUGUUGAUGGGAGUCCAGAUUUUACAUUAAAAGAAAAAAUUGGUAACAACAUUUUCAAGGUAGCUUUUUCUUUCUUAGCUAAAGAUGUGACUGUUAUUAUUAAGAUCAUAUGCUGAUAUCUAAUGAUGUGACCCAGAAAUGCCCAGGAAGUAGUUGUUGGUUAAAGGGAAGAUUUCCUGGUCAACAGCAAAUGACUGGAUGCUCUUGCAAUCAAUACCCAUCCAUUCUCUGCUCAGAUUUCCAGGACAAGUUCAUUACUUUUAUGAGUAAAUUGUCUCCUGAGAGCUCCACUCUUGGAGGUAAAUGAGUCUUCGAUCUGAGAAGAUAUUUGAAAAUCAGAAUAAAAAUUCAAAAUGGAAAAUGAAUCUCUAAAUGGAGGAUCUCCCCAGGCAUCUCUUAAUGUAGGUAGUCAUUUUUUAAGCAAGCCAGUUCUCUAUGAGCGUUUUCCCACGUUGAGCCCAGAGUUCUAUUAGUGUCUGUUUUUUAAAGCUUCAAGGACUAGAAAGGCUUUCCAAUAGCCAGUUGAUGUUAUGAUUUGUUUAUAGAAUAGGGAAGUAUGUAUAUUUGAGACAGAAAUAUUUUAUUUUGAAACAUAGGAUUCUGUGCAAUAUUUUUCUUGCAUUGUUUAGUUUAUAUAAAUAUGCACAUCUGCUUUUCUCGCAGAUGCCUUAAGGUCAUGUCUUUCAGUAUUUGCCUAAAACUGUAUGUAGCAAUGUUCUAUGUGACUUCAGAAAAAAAUUACUCUCUUUAUUGUUAGCAGAAGUGUUCUUGUUUAUUUAAAAUAAUUGUGGAGAUUGCAUUAUUGUAUCAUAACUAACUGCCUCAGCCACAAUAAAUAUGCAAUAAGAAAAUCAUGUUCCUUUGAUUAGUAUUGACAGUACUGUUACUUUAACAGAAAUGUUUGCGGUACAGAGUGCUGGUUCUAUCUGUGUUCAUUUAACAGCUACUCUGCAGCAUAUGAAUCUAAAUGGUAUAUUUAUGUGAUAACCAUGUAUGUAGAUUAUGACAUCCUUUGUGAUGAGUCUUUGUUGAGGCUUAUAAAGGGCAUUGCCAAUACUUUUUGACUGUAAAUUAAUUUUUUGUAUGAUGUAUAGUUUGUUUAGCCUUAGAGCUUCUAUAAAUUUCUACUUUUAUUAUACUUGAAUGAGGCAGAAAGCACUGUGGGCAGUUUGUAACUCCGGAUGCAAUAUGCAGAUAUACCAAAAAUAAAACAAGGUACUGAACAGCAACGCUAACAGAAUGCUUUAUAAUCCAGGAGUCCGUGUUUUUCAAGCCACAUUUUAGUGAAAUGAAGUAAUUGAAGAUAUACAAUCUUUUAUCUAGACUGUAUAGUCUCAAGUGAUUACCUCUUCGAUGUGUUAAAGGUGUGUGUCCUUUUUAACUUCUGUAUCAGUCCUUAGAUGAGCCUUGUCGAGGAUUGUCCAUCCUUCCUUCUCAGACCACGUGAUGUCUAGGACAGAACAAAUCAACUACAUUGUGCAUAUUAGAUGCACUGUCUGUGUGAAGUCACUGUGUUUUAGAUAGAGUAGCUUUCAUAGGUACUUUUGAGAACACUUUAAUAAUCAUAUACCAAAAACUAAAAACUAAAUUUUUAAAAUCAGUAGCUGUGCCUAAAAUCUCUUAGACAUAAAGGCCACAUGAGGGACUCAGGAUUGAAUAUUUCCACAGUUUGUGUUCAUUCCUUUAGCUGAAGAGUUGUUUGCUCAACAUAUAACCAGUAGUUCAAAAAAACAAAACUAAGUAAAACAAAACAAAAACCAUGAGCAGCAAGACAGUGGGAUGUGCUUCAUUGUUCUUGCCCUUGCAGCUACAGUUUAUCAUCUCAGAGCUUGAUUACUAUUGGGAAGAUGUUCUGUAUAAAAGUAUUGCUUGGGAGUUUUUUAAAUAUGCAAAAUACAAUGAUGAAUGAACUUUGCUUUGCCAUAAAGUACCCAACAAUGUCGUUGAAAAUAAAAUUGGUCACAAUCAAA